CCUCAAGAUGGCGGCGCCCAGAGGCAGCUCCGGCUCGGACACCGAUUCGGACAGCAGCGGCGAGGCGGCAGCACGGCUCCGGGAGGCCGCCUGGGACUGCGCUGCGCAGGCAGCGGCGGUGCGGACGGAGCGGCGGUGCGGUGGCUCAACAAAGGACCGGUUACAGUCUGCUCAGCCCAGCCUAAGGCGUGAGGUGAAUGGUCAUGGUGAUGAUGGAAACGAGCUACAGACAACACCAGAGUUCAGAGCACAUGUUGCAAAGAAACUGGGAGCAAUGCUAGACAGCUUCAUCACCGUCAUGAAGGACUCGUCAGAAUCUUCCCAAACUGUGCAGCAGUCUGACUCUGCAGAUGAUGGCUUUCGCCUCUUCUCCUCUUCUGUCCCCGGAGACUCUGGGGCAUCACCACCUCGCCCCGCAGCAAGGAGACAGCCCUCCAGCUCCAGUGACACAGACAGUGACCUAGAGUGGCAAAGGUACCAAGAGGCUGCUGUAUCAGCCACAGACAUUCUGAAGCAAAGUGCUUUUCCUGCACUGUCCCAGAAUUCCAGACAGGAUCACAGUCAGUGUGAUGUGGAGCACAGCCAGAAAAUAAAGAAGAAAAAGAAGAUCAAAGGAGAAAACAAUGUUCAGGGGAAAAUAAUAGACCCAGCAGAGGGUGAUCAGAUCGGCAGAGGUUUGCCACAGCUAGUGUCUGGAAAUGAUCAGCCUGAGAGAGAGGACAGCAGAUAUGCAGAGAGCUCAGUACUGGCAGGUGGUGUGAAGAAGAAAAAGAAGAAGAAGAAGAAAAGAGAAUGAAGAUUUCUCUUUGCAAAGUGCAGGCAAUGGUGAGGGGUGAAGGAGACUGAAACACCCCUUAACAACCAGAGCUGCAGAUGAGGGAAAAUUAAUUGGCAAAGCUGCUGUUCUGAAAGCUCAGUGGCCUGAAAGUCUGAUGAAGUGACCUCCUGUGUUGUUGGCAUCCCUGGGGGAAGCAGCAUUGUUCUCCCAGCACAGCAGCUCUCUGCACUGCUGCUUGUGUAGGCCCAAUGUAAGAGGACUGAACCCUGAGCACAGCCUUGCGUGGCAGAGGGAUGUAAUCAGAGCUACAUCUCUCCCAGCCUGUUCCUUCACACCAUGAAACCAAACCUUGUAUCCUGGAGAAAAUAUAUGAUGAUUGGAAUUUGGUUUACAUGGCAACAGGCAAAAGAAGCCUUCAUUUCCUUGAGGUGGGUUCUGAAUUGCUGCUUUGGACCAGACCUUGCUUAAACAGAGGUUCAGAGCUGUGAAGUACUCAGGACCAUCCUCUGGCCCUUUCCUCUGGAGCCUGCUAGACAACCCUGACCGGUGUCAGUGCACAGCCUGGAGCUGGGCUAAGCAGAGAGCAGGGAAGGUAAGACCACAGGGCUCCUUUCUGCUGAACUUGGCCUGUUUUAUAUGUGAAAUGAAAGGGGUGUGGCAGCUUCAUCUCCAGAUUCCCCAUCCAGAGCCAUUCUUGCAUGGGGGAAAGCCUGGACCUGUGUCGUUACAGCUUUGUUUUUCCCUCAUGGAAAACAUGCUUUUAUCCCUGCCUCCAGGGAAAAUCUGCAGCUCAUCUCCAUUUCUCUCUUUCCUAAUGGAACUUCCACCUCUUGCCCAGCAGGUGAAAUGUCCUUGUACCCCUCUCCAUUUGCUGUACCUGUGCUGCUGUGAUCUGCCCCUUCACCCAGGAAAGCCUCUCUGCCUUCUGCUCUGGGGAAGUGACUGCACACAGCUCAGUUCUAUAUUCCUUAUCAUGACACAGUCUGCUUUCUGCAGGAGUGAUCUGGAAAGAGUGUUACUAAACCUGUAGAUGCAUGGAAGAUCAGUGGACAGCUGAGGGGACAGAAUGAAACUGUGCUGGUUCUUUACCAGAGAAACCUUUGGCUGAACUGCCUUUAGCAUCUUUUUUUGUGCUGUGGGCACAAAAUCUAAUCAAUGCCCACAGGUGCCCCUGGUUGUGUGGGUGUAUCUUCUCCACACCCUGUUUCACUCAGCUUUGACUGGUGCUUUCCAAACUGUAGCUUUGCCUUUAGUGGUGCUAUAAGGACACACUUGGUCUCUUGGUGCUGUCAUUUCUAUCCUUUCCAGCUCCUGGAAAGCCCAGCAAGGGACAGUUUUCCGAGUCUGCUUCACAAGCAGUGGCUGCAGUUACCACACAGCCUUUCUUGUAUCACUAAAGCUGCCCAUGAGUCAAGCUCUUUUAAAAUGUGGUCUGCAGUCUCAGACCAGGAGUUGCUGAGUGCCAAAGAGGUUCCUGCCUGAUGGCAUGAGUGCCUCCAUUGGGUUCUGAGUCUGAAAUCCUCCUGCAGGUGCCCAGGUGGAUUUGCAAGCAUUGAGGUUCUGCAGGGAAUCCCUGGGCAUGGAGGUUCUUGCCUGCCUUCCUUUUACUAAUUGCUAGGAGUAAUUUCUCAGCCUGCUCUGCCCUGUCUGACAGUAUUUAAUACUAGUUUAAGGAUUUAAGGCAUCUAUUAAUGGAAAGGUAAGUUCUUAAAGUGAAAAACUUUCUGCUUACCUAUUACCAAGCCUUGCCACUGGUUCAGAGUUUGGAACAGACUCUCAGACAUACAGGGUUUUUUUUCCCAGUCUUUGACCAGAAAUUUGAACCAUGUCAACACAGACUUCCUACUGUUUCCAUUUUACCUUGACUGGUUUUGAUCUGUUCUUCCCUAAGCAUACUCCUGGUUUGUUUGUGAAACAAAGGCUCCUGGCUCCCUCAUCCUGUCCUCAGCGGCAGAAGUGAACUGCUCUGUCCUGUGGUACAGGGGACUGGUGUUUCAGAGCAAAGCUUUGCAAUUAAGACUCAGUAUGAGGCUUAGGAAAUCCUUGUUCUUGCUUAGUCCCCUCUGUGCUAUCUUAGGGCUUUGGGGACGUCAUAGAAUGUCCCUGUACCUCAGUGCCAUUUGGAAAUGGGAAUGCUGCUUGGAUGGAUGCAUGGAGAGAUGGAAGGCAUUGAUAUCACAGGCUUGCAAAAGAGGUGAGACUUGUGCUGAGGCUGGCAGUGAGCACAGGGAAGGCUGGAAGCAAGCUCCUAGAAAGUCAGGGAGGGUCAGAAGGAAGAAUUCAUGCCGAAGUGAGGGUGGCAGGAAAGAAUUCCCUGCAUCCAUGUGUCCUUAGAUCACAGCAGGUGGCAUUCAUUAGAGAAUGGGAUAGAGCCAGGUGCUCUUCUUCAGCUUCCAUGGCUUCCCUUGUGCAGAGAUACCUGAUCAGAAGUUAAUGAUCAAAAAGCAUAUCAGGGUCUUUUAAUCUAUAAAUUUAUAAGACAAAAGAGAAAUAAUAAAGCCAUUGGAUAAUUAGUAACUAGCCAGGGCCCGCCCGGUGCCACUGGGCUCAAACUACCCCAAGACCUGUACGCAGACUCAGGAAGAUGAGAAGGAGACAAAGAUGAGGGGGAGAAAAAGAGUGGAAGAGAGGAAGAAUUAGCCAGGACAACAACAAAAUGGGAGUAAUAGCAGAGACAGAAGUGAAGAGAGAAGGGAAACGAGCUAAAGGGAGCAGAGGAGACUGAAAGUCGUGACAGAGCUGGAAGUGGGAGACAGACUGGGCCAGACUGCAUUGCUGGGGAUGUUUCCCCACCCAGGUAAGAGCUGAUCCUGUGGAUUUUCCUCUGUUGGGUACUGCAGAGUCAUCAACUCCCAUUCUGCAUGGGAGCUUUCUUCUAAGUAGUCAGAGUGAAUGCUAACUCUUGUCCUGCUGCUUCUCAAGCUGUAGCCUUUGGUAGGGGUAUUUGAUGUUUGCUUGUUGUGACUCUUGAUGUUCAUUUCCUUGGCACACAAAGGCAGCAAUCAGCUGG